AAAAUUCUGACAUUUUGUGCGCACAGCGAAUUAGUGAUUUGUCUAAGGUUUUCACAAUAAGUCGCAUAAUUGUUCUAAAUGCACUCUGAUACCAAAAGUUAAUUUCCAAGCAUAAAAAUCAAUAACAGAGAAAAAGUUAAGAAAUAUUACUUCUUAUUGACAAGUCCAUAUUAUUUUGUUCUAUAAUUAGAACAUAGUCGUAGAGAUGACCACAUAACAUUAUCAUUAGUCAACCAAUAUAUCAAUACGUAUAAAGUGAAGUAUAAUGAACUGUCAUUUUUGUGCAAUAUAAUGUUAAUAAGACAAUGAUUUCGGUAACAUUGAUGCAAAUGAUUUCCCAACCAUGGAGUCUAAUGAAGAAAAAAAACCUUCGUCGCAAGAACAAGACGCGACUAAACCAUUAAAUAUCAAUCAAAAACUAUAUCCUGAACCAGAAAGCCAUUUACAAAGCCUUGGCUUUACCUUAAACAAUGGAAAGGCCAGAUUCAAAUUGGACGAGGAUGCACCUUUGCAUUCUAAAGCAACAGUGACAAACUUUUGUGGUGCUGAUGCAGAUGACACAUCACUAUCUUUUGUGGUGCUAGGUAAAGAUUCACUGGAUACUAUUCAACAAUCGUCACUUGCAUCUUAUGUUGAUAUACAACAAAAAUCUAUGUCUAUUGACUACAAUUCCAUGAUAGCAUCAUGGGAUUCAGCAGAGGUACAUCGAAAAUUAAAUGAAUUGUUGCAAGAAAACACUAAAUUAAAAGAAACAUUGAAACAAAAUAACAUAGCUAUGAAGCAACAAUUCAACAGUCUAGCCACUUGGCAUGAAGAAAUUAUGAGAGUACACCAAGAUCAUAAGAAAAAAUUUGCCGAGACUAGAGAAUUAAUAAAUUACCUUAAGAAAGAAAAUGCUGAUUUAAAAAUGAGGCUUAGCACUGAAUUAACUAGUCACACAGAAAUGGGAUACGAGCUCCUUGAUGCAAAUGACAAACAAGAUAAUACAAAAGGAGAAAAGAUCUCUAUACUUGAAAACACACUUAGCAAAUCAAUUAUUGCUGAACUGGACUCAAUGAUAAAUGAAGAUAUUGAGAAAGAAAGAGUGCAGAAACAAGGCGCAACUUCCGAAUCUGUUCAAAAAAUAGCAGAAUUGGAAAAACAGAUUGUUGAUAGUAAACAAUUAUUGGAAGAAGAAAGGAAUGCACUUCGGAAGGAACAAGAAAAUCUUACAAUAGAAAAGAAAUUGCUCGACAGUCGAAAAGAGACCCUUGAAAUAGAAUAUAAAAAUUUAAAUGAUGCUAAAGAACUCCUACAACAAGAAAGAAUAAGUUUACAAGAAGAACAGUCAUCUUUGGAUCAACAAAGUCUACUAUAUGAGACUCAUUACAAAAAGGCAUUAGAAUCAGAAAAAAAGAAGUUCGAAGUAAAAUGUAAUCAAUUAAUCACUGAACUUGGCAUAAUGCAUGAAAGUCUUGAGAAGAAAGAAGUAACUAUAAAAGAGCUGGAGAAAGAAUUGAUGCAGCAUAAGGAAGAUAUCAGUUUAUUACAAACGCAAUUAAAACUUCAUGAAGAAGAUUUUAGACAAGAGAGAAAACUCAAAGAGUUGGCAUUAGAAGAGAAAAAUGCACUAAGUGAGCAUUUACAGAAGCAAAUAGAAUUUCACGAACAGUCGAAAAUUAGUUCUGAAAGACAUGUAAACUCUACUGAAGGAUUGCAACAUCCACCGUUACCAUAUUCGUGUCCAAAUUGCAAUCAUACUUGCGAAAAUCUGCGUUUAUUGGAAGCUCACGUUAAUCGUUGUUUAAGCAUAGACUCUGCAAACAGUGAAAAGAGAGACGCGUUCAAUUCCGUAGAAAGUGAAACUUUAAAUAAAAUAGCAAUGCAUCAACAGAAAUACAAGACAUUCAACACCGAAAGUAGAGAAAAAAGUCGUGUUACUCGUGCAAAAGAAUAUACGGAAUCGUGUAAAAGCCAUAGAACAAGGGCUUUUAAUGAUAAUCGUAAUUUAUCAAAUAGCACAAUAAACACACAGGACGCACAGAUUGAUCCUGUAGUACAAGAUCGUCUUGCUAGACUUAAAAAAUGGAGGGUUGAACGUGAUAAACGUAAAAAGGUUGAACAACGCAAAAAGAAACAACCUUUUGUAGUUGGUGUUGUGCAUCAUAAGAUAUAUUCACCCAAUAAUUACACAGCUACUAAAUCGACAGUAGCUUCAAAUAUCCCAUCUAAGCCUGUUGUCAGAAAGAUAAGCAAGGCAACAGAGAAAAGACUUAUGUAUAAAGCAAGUCAGAAGAAUUUAAGUGCAAAAAAUGCUAAUAAGAAUUCAGACGAAUUAAAUAAUGAUCAAAAAAAGAAGUCCUUUGCUCCAGAGGGUCACAUAUUUAAAGCUCCAGCAGGAUUGCCUAAUAUACCAUUAUUCGGCAGAGUAGUCAUACAAAGUAUGUCACCUGACAGUGUACAACAAUUUUUACGUUCUCCCUUAAAAAUGACAAGAUCUAGGAGCAGCACCAUUAAAAACAAUAGUACAGAAAUCAUUAAAAAGAAAAAUUGUUCACCAGUGACUAAGACAAGUGAUAAUUCUAUAGAAUCUAGAUCAAUAAAAUUAUUAUUUAAAGAUACAGAAACAACAAAUUCUGUUAGUAGUAACAGUAGUAAUGAUAACGAAACGAUAACUAAGGAUACACUGAGCUCUUCAGACAAUAAUAAAUCUAUGUCAAAUUCUCCAUGUGAGCCAGCUUUUUUCUCACCUCACAUAGUUUCUAGUCGUGGGAAAAGUAAUGCCAGGAAAGAGCAACAGUUAAAGAAAGGUCUUAUUCGUCAUUCUUUGGGUGAUGAUAUUCCCACGAAGGAUACAGUUAUGAGAAAUUUAAAUAUUUCAGUUGAAGAAGAAGAACACACUGCACAAUAUUUUCAUUUUCUUUUGAGUAAAGAAAUAAAUAGAUUAAAUGAAUUAUGUGAAAAAUGGAUAGAAAUCAAAAAGCAAUCCAACACUACAGAAGAUGGUCAAUAUGAAAUAAAUCAAGCUAUUGGACAAACAAAUUUGUUAAUAAACAAAAAGUUUGAACGAUUCCGUGGAUUAGUUAAUGAUUGUGAAACAGGAAAAGGAAAAAUGUUAGUGACUUGUAAAGAUUUGCAAGGAUUUUGGGAUAUGAUGUACAUGGAAAUAGAAAAUUGUAACUUACGAUUUGAAAAAUUGGAAAAACUUCGUGCACAAGGCUGGAAAGAAGAGGAAUUGUUUAUUGAUAAACCAGUUACUAAAAGGAAAGUUUCUAAAAAAAAAGUUGUACCAACUAAAUCAAGUUCUGUUAGAGCUUUCUUAGCAGAAAAGAAAAGAAAAAUGAAAAAUGAUAAUGAUAUGAAAGAAUUAAAUUUAAUUAAAUUUAAUUCAAAUCGUAGUAUAAAUGGCAAAUGUGACAAUAAAAGUCCUAACAUAAAACAAAACAAAAUAAAAUCCAGAUCUCUUAAUUGUAAUGAAAAUAAAUUUGUAAAAAAUAAUAGAUUCAGUUUAUUACAAAAGAUACAAUUAUCUGAAACAUCAAAGAAGACAAGAAGUCCACUAACACUAAUAAAGAUAAGUCAAAUGUGUAAAACUCCUAAGAUUCAGCUAGAUAAUUCAAUAUCAUACAUUAAUUCUAAUAAGACACCAGGAAAGAGCAUAUUGAAACAACAAAAGAAUUCAAGUGAAACAGAAUGUGUAAAAUCAACAAAUAAAAUUAAUUUUAAUGAUCAUGUAAUUUUAAAUGAAGUAUCAGUUGAUGAAGAAACACAGACAAAGAUGGAUUUAAAUCUAUUAUCAACAAUAGAUAAUUUUGACUUUGAUAAUACAGAUGAAGUAAAAAUUAAUGUAGAAAAAAAACUGGAUUUUGAUGACAAUAGUUAUAAGGAAAGUGAGGAUGAUAAAAAAUCUCCGGAAAAUAAAAAUUCAUCGAAUGAAAAUAUUUUUAAAACAUCUAUACAGAUACAAAAGUCUAUACCAUUACAAGAAAUAAAACAAAAUUCUAAUAAAUCAUUAAGGAGGAUCACAAGACAAAAUGCAAUAGAUGAGGUUGAAUCAACUUUAGAUCAGACUUCUCCAUUAAAUACAAGUACUUCCAUAUCCCUUAAAAAAAACAUAGAUGACAUUGAUUUAAAUAUAUUGAAUGACAAAUUACAAAAACAGUCUAUAAGUAGUACUGAGGGAACAGACGAACAAAAUGAAACUACGAGAAUUUUAAGGAACAGAACUAUUAUUUCAACAGAUACACCCAGACUUAAGAGAAGAUCUUCUAGAAAAAUGUCUGUUAAUGUACAAGAAACAGAACAUAAAGAAACCGAAACUCCUAUUGAUAAGAGAAAAAGGAGAAGUCGUUUUAAACUGAAUACUAAUGAAAGAAAUGAUAUAGAAUUGCUAUGUCGCAAUUGUGAUGAUAUAUCUUUAGACAAAAGCAAAGACAAGAGAAAAUCGACUAAAAGUGUAAAGUUUUCUGAAAAAGAAUAUAGUGAUGGGACAAAUAAACCGUCUUUACCUUUGACUCCGCAUGUUAAAAGAAGUAAAAGUAGGAGUAGGAGUAAUGGCACACGCAUGGAAAUUUCUCCUUUGGAAAUAGAAGAAAAACCUUUGCAGCGCGUCACCAGAAGAUCACAAAACAAGAAAUUAUUAUCUCCAAUUUAAAAUAUAUUUAACACACAAAAUACAGUAGCCUUCACGUAACCGUCACUGACCAACAAUUGGGACCGAAACUGGUCAGUUAAGUAUGAAGGAAUUGGCAUCAAAAGAAAAAGUGGGGAUGAGCGUCAAGUGUUUCACCGAUACCACGCACCAAUAUCGGUAUCAUAUAUGUCAUUUGUUUUGUUUGUAAAGUGUCAUGUUUCAGGAAAGUCGCAGGGUAA